AUGCUAACUUACGCCGGGCCAUUCACAGUUACUUUUCGUGAAGAGCUAAAAGCGCAAUGGUCGGAGCUAUUGCGUCUGCACCAACUACCCUUCCAGGCAUCAUGCGGCCUCAAGCAAUUUCUUGGUGACCCCGUGACUAUUAGGCAAUGGAUUGCUUGGGGCUUGCCGAAUGAUGAACUGUCUAUCCAAAAUGGUAUCAUUAUGGAUCGUGCCAGAAGGUGGCCCCUAAUGAUUGACCCUCAAAGCCAGGCAAACCGUUUCAUCAAGAGAAGUGCUAGGGCUACUGAAAUUGGCUUCGAAGUUUUUAAAUUGUCUGAUGCGGCAUUUAUGAGGGAACUUGAGCUAUCUAUCCAGCUUGGAAAGUGGGUUCUUAUAGAAAAUGUUUCAGAAACUUUGGAUCCAGCCCUCGACCCGGUCCUUCUCCAGCAGAAGACGAAGAGUGGCUCAGGCUACUGCAUCCGGCUUGGCGAAAAACCAAUUCCUUGGGGACCCUCCUUUAAACUUUUCAUGACGACAAAGCUCCCCAAUCCAAAGUUUUCUGUGGACACUUUCGUCAAGACAACGGUCAUUAAUUUCGCAAUCACUCCAGAAGGGCUAGAGGACCAAAUGCUAGGCCUUGUUGUGACCAAGGAAGCACCCCAGCUAGAAGAAAGGAAAGCUGCUUUGGCACAAAGCAACGCUGACAUGCGCCGAGAACUCAAAGACCUUCAAGACAAAAUCCUUCAGGUUAUGUCGCAGUCUCAAGGAAACAUCUUGGAUGAUGAAGUUUUGCUCAAUACUUUAGCUGCAUCGAAGCAGACUUCUGAAGAGAUCCAAGAGAAAGUUCAAGAAGCGGAAGUGACUGAGCGCGAGAUUGACGAAGCAAGGCAGUGCUACAGGAAAGUUGCGGCGCGCUGUAGCCAGCUCUUUUUCUGCCUCGUUGAACUAGCAGGCAUCGAGCCAAUGUAUCAAUACUCCCAGCAGUGGUUCCAGAACUUGAUUUCCCUUGGUAUAAGCGAGGCCGCACCAACUCCAAAUGUCGAGCAGCGCACGCAGUUGCUCGUGGACCAUCUUUCGUACUUGGUGUACCAAAAUGUGUCUAGGUCACUUUUCGUCCGGCAUAAGCUCUUGUUUGCCUUUGCUCUCAGCUUGCGAGUGCAAGCUAAAACUCCAGUAGAUCCUGCAGAGCUGCGCUUUCUACUGACGGGAACUGUAGCAGCAUCAAGCAACACGCCAAAUCCUACUUCGUGGCUUACAGAGAAGCAGUGGCAAGCACUGAGCGAGCUUUCUCAUCUGCGCGCGUUUGAGGGGCUGGCUAGCACAUUUCAGGAGGAGGAGGAAGGGUUUCGAAGAAUUUCUGACUCUCUUCGAGCAGAUCAAGAGCCACUGCCUGGCCGUUGGAAAUGUCUGAAUUCCAUUCAGAAAAUGUGCAUCCUCCGGAUUCUUCGCAUGGAUUCUUUGACCGCUGCUGCAAGCAGCUAUAUUGAGUCGGAACUCGGAGCCCGCUUUUUGGAGCCCCCCCCGUUUGACCUAGCUCAGUGUUAUAAAGACUCCACAUCCCAGACGCCGUUGAUCUUCAUUUUGUCGCAAGGCUCCGACCCAAUAUCUGAGCUUCUUAGUUUUGCAAAAGAUAUGAAGAUGAGCAGGCGAUUUGAAUCAAUAUCAUUGGGACAAGGCCAGGGCCCAAAAGCUGCAAAGCUUAUUGAGGAAGGAUGUAACAGGGGUGGGUGGGUACUUCUUCAAAAUUGUCAUCUUGCUGCUUCCUGGAUGAGCGAGCUUGAGAGGAUUUGCGAGCAGUGGAACCCUGAGGAAAUUCAUCGUGAUUUCAGACUCUGGUUGACAUCCAUGCCAUCCUCAUCCUUUCCUGUAUCCGUCCUUCAAGUUGGUGUAAAAAUGACAAAUGAGCCACCAAAGGGUCUGAAGGCAAACUUGCAGCGUCUCUACGCUGGAAUUGACAACCGGCAGCUCAAUGCUACGCAACAGCCUACGCAGUUCAAAAGGCUGUAUUUUGCGCUUUGCUUCUUUCAUGCCAUAGUGACGGAACGCCGGCGCUUUGGGCCAAUAGGAUGGAACAUUUACUACGAAUUCACUCAAGAUGAUCUGGUUGUAUGCCAGAGGCAGCUUAGAAUAUUCAUGGAUGCCAGCGAGAAGAUUCCCUUCAAGGUUUUGCGUUUCCUGGGUGCCCAAAUAAAUUACGGAGGCCGUGUCACUGAUGCCAACGACAAGAGGCUCAUUGACGUGAUUGCCGAUACUUACGUGAACGAAAGGCUUAUUAUCGAGGGAGCUUCUUAUAAAUUUUCAAAGUCGGGUAUCUACUACUGCCCAGAGGAAGGAGAUCUUGAAGGCUUUCAAAAGUAUAUUCAGUCAUUGCCUUCAAUUGACCAACCGGAGGUUUUUGGCCUCCACGAAAAUGCAAACAUUAACUGCGCCCAGAUGGAAGGCAAGGAGUUACUUGAUGGCAUACUAUCGAUGGCACCAAGAAGCAGUUCGGCGGGAUCAACAUCUCGCGAGUCGGCAGUAUCUGACGUUGCUAGCUACGUACAAAGUAUAAUACCAGAUCUGUUCGACGUAGAAUUUAUUCAGCAAAAAUAUCCUACUCGUUACGAUGAAUCCAUGAACACAGUUGUUGUGCAAGAGUCGAUCAGAUAUAAUGGCUUGCUCGCAAUCAUCAAUAAGACAAUAAAGGAUCUUCGUUUGGCGAUUCGCGGGCAAAUAGUGAUGACGGAGGAACUAGAAAAGAUUGCUGCAGCUCUCUUUGACAAUCAGGUCCCCAAAGUGUGGUCUGAUAGAGGCUUUGUUUCGAUGAAGCCUCUGGGCUCCUGGCUAAAGGAUUUAACAGCAAGACUUUCUUUUCUCCGGUCUUGGAUUGACCAAGGACCGCCUAAGUGCUUUUGGAUGGCCGGUCUUUUCUUUCCCCAGGCAUUCUUGACAGGCGUGCUCCAAAACUAUGCACGAAAGUACCGCGUUGCUGUUGAUAGGCUUUCUUUUGCAUUUACUAUUUUAAAAGACAAAGAUGACUCAUCAAUCAAGCAGGCUCCAGAGGAUGGCUGCUUUGUCCAAGGUAUUUUUUUGGAGGGCUGCCGUUGGGACUCUGACAUGAACACGUUGGUUUCUUCGCGUCCAAAAAUCCUCUUUGAAGAGCUUCCAGUGCUUUGGUUCCUUCCUCAAGAAGAUCGCGUGCAGGAAUCUACAUCCAUAUACAUGUGCCCUUUGUACAAGGUGCCGAGUAGAAAGGGAACUCUCUCGACAACCGGGCAUUCGACCAACUACAUCACCAGUAUUGAGCUUCCGUGUAUUGAUCCCCCUGACGUGCCAAUAAAGGCUGGCGUAGCUGCACUUCUUGCGCUUCAGGACUAA